CUCGGUAUCGAAAGUAUCGUUCGAACCCUAAUAGCAACACUCGGAAUACCUUAACCUGCAUGGACGUCGUGUCUUUUCGGCUGUAAUAUGCAGAGUUCUAAAUAGAUCGAUACUAUUUUCCAGUUUUCAAGUCAUGCUAAUAUUUAAGUUCCUUAUAAUUCGUGGCUAAUUAUACGCAACUUAUGCAGUUUAAUUUGACGUAUGUUAUAUUUAAAGUUUAGUGCACCGAGUAAAAUUUUAUCAAUAGCCAACUUGCGCCGUGAACGCUAAAGGAUCAUUUCAAAGUUUUCUUUGAUAAUAUGUUGAAAAAAUGAAGUGCCACUACGAAGUAUUAAAUAUUAACAAAGAAGCAAGUGCUUCAGAUAUUAAAAAGGCGUACAGGCGCCUCGCUCUUCAAUGGCAUCCAGAUAAAAAUUUGGAUAAUCUUCAAGAAGCGAAAGAACAGUUUCAACUAGUACAGAACGCAUAUGAAGUCCUCUCGGACCCUCAAGAAAGAGCCUGGUAUGACAAUCACAGAGAGCAACUGCUUAGAGGUGCUGGCAGUUCAUACAACGAUGACAGCCUUGAUGUUUACCCUUAUUUCAGUCCGUCAUGCUACAAAGGUUUUGGUGAUGAUCCUCCAGGGUUCUAUGGAGUCUACUCUGAAGUUUUCUCAAAACUAGCAGCUGAAGAGACUGACUUCCUUGAUGACCCUGAAGAAGUUGCUAAAAUACCUAAAUUUGGUAACUCUUCUACACCCUAUGAAGAUGUGCAUGAAUUCUAUGCAUAUUGGAUGUCUUUUUCCACAAAUAAAAGCUAUGUAUGGCUAGAUCAAUAUGAGCUUCAACAAGGUGAUAACCGUAGAGUUAUAAAAUUAAUGGAAAAAGAAAACAACAAGAUAAGACAGAAAGCUAGAAAGGAAAGAAAUGAGGAGAUCAGGAGACUAGUAAGCUUUGUGCGUAGGAAGGAUAAAAGAGUUAUUGAACAUACAAAACUUCUACAAGAGAAAGCUGAAGAAAAUAAACGCAAGGCAGAACAAGUAAGGAGAGAGAGAAUAAUACAGAGGCAAAAGGAGAUAGAAGAGGCAAAGAAAAAGGAGGGUGAAAGCUCAUUUAUUCAUAGUGAAGAGUAUCAAAAAAAGCUUAGUGAAAUUGAGUCACUUCUAGCAGAAGAGUUUGGCUUGUCUUCUGAAGAUGAUACUAUUAGUGAGGGUGGAAUGGAAAGUAGUAAUGAGGAAAGUUCUAAGACUGAAGAGGCAAGUGAAGCAUCAAAAGCAACAGCAAAAUCAACUACGAAAUCUAAAUCAAUGAGGAAUCUCUAUUGUUCUGCAUGCAGUAAGUUGUUCAAGAACAUCAAAUCAUUUGAAAAUCAUGAAAAUAGCAAAAAACACAAAGAAAAUGUUGCCAAUAUGUCUUUGGAAGAAGACAUCGAUAUUUCAGACAAUAAAGAAGAAAAUGAUGAAGUUGCCCAUGCUCCAAUUAAAGAUGAUGAAGAAGAUGAAGAUAUAGUUAAUGGAGAAACUGAAGAUGUCAAAAGUAAGAUAGAAAACUCGACAUCAGAAAAUGAUUUUAGGGAAACACUGAGUGAUGACUCAGAUCAAGUGCAGGCAUUGCCCAAAAGUCAUAAGAAGAAAAAGAAUAAGAAAAAGUCAUUUAUUCCAAUGCCAGAAAGUGAAGGUAAUGACAGUCAUGAUGAAAUGAGCUUCAAUGAAAUAGAGGGACCAUCUAGAAGCAGGAAAGCUAAAAAAUUCAAUAUGUUAAAAAGUCAGAUUCAAGCUAAAAAAGAAGCUAAUCUCAAAAAAGGAUCUCAAUCACAGACUUCUACAGAAAACUUGUAUGAAGUAUCUAGCACAACUCCUACAGAUGAUCCAUUGGGAGAAGCAGCUUUACCAAAAGACAGGCCUAUGUUACCCAAAAUGCAGCGGAAUGUAAAGUCAAAAAAGCCUGUGGAAAGGAAACCUCUUAGACCUAAAGCUAGUGAAACUGAAGAUUCUAGCACUGCACUUCUUAGAUGUGCUGUGUGCCAAACAGAUUUUCCAUCAAAAAAUAAAUUGUUUGAACAUUUAAAAAAUACAGGGCAUUCUGUGCCUCUCCCUCAAACAAGCUUUUCACAGACAAAAAAAGGCAAACGGGCUAAUAGGUAAACAUAUGCAAUGAAUUUUUAGAUAGGUAGUAUCAAAACUAUAAUUAUUUACAAUAAUUCAUUAAGAAUCAUUUUAAUUUUCUUUAAAACUCUACAAGUUGUAAAGUGACUCAGUCUAUUUAUUAAAAUUAUGAUUAUUAUCAUUAAAAUAUGCCUACAAUAUACCUUUUUUAUUUAAUUAAAACAAACCAGCUUAGAACAUUAAUAUUUUAUUAUUAGUAUCCAGUCCAUUAAGUCACUGAAAUUUUAAAUGACAUUCUAAUACCAAAUGAUUUCACUAAAUAAUCAAAAUUUAGUUAAAGAAGAAUCUGGACAUAAGUUUUUUGA